GAAAAAUAUAUUAAAAUAUCAUCAUAAUAUUAAGUCGUCGCCAGGGUCAAUCUCAUUCUCCCUCAGAUCAAUUUGAGUACUGUUUCUUGUUCUCUCUUCUCUGGCAUCCCCUGCAAUGGCGUCUGAUCUUGAGACCAAAGCCAAAGAAGCCUUCAUCGAUGACCACUUCGAGCUUGCGCUCCAUCUCUACUCUCAAGCCAUCCAACUUAAUCCUAAACACGCCGAGCUCUAUGCUGACCGUGCUCAAGCCAACAUCAAACUCAAUAAUCUCACUGAGGCUGUGGCGGAUGCGAACAAAGCGAUUGAGUUGGAUCCUUCCAUGUCUAAAGCUUAUCUGCGUAAAGCCACUGCCUGCAUGAAGCUUGAAGAGUAUCAAACUGCUAAGUCUGCGCUGGAGACUGGCGCUGCUUUGGCACCUGCAGAGUCAAGAUUUUCCAAGUUGAUAAAAGAAUGUGAAGAGCGAAUUGCAGAAGAAACUGGUGAUGUAUCAAUGCAGAUGCCAGAAGCAUUGGCUAAAAAUGAUGUACCUGCAAAAGAAAUUGAGCUGGACAAGGAUCAGCCUAAUCUAGAGAUUGAGGCUGCACCUCCCAAACCAGCGUACAGGCAUGAAUUUUACCAGAAACCAGAGGAAGUGGUUGUCACAAUAUUUGCUAAAGGAAUACCGCAUGAUUGUGUUAAAGUAGAUUAUGGUGAACAAACACUAAGUGUUGCUAUCAAUGCUCCUGGUAAGGAGGCAUAUCAUUUCCAACCUCGAUUAUUUGCAAAGAUAAUACCUGAGAAGUGCAGAUAUGAUGUUUUGUCAACCAAAGUUGAGAUUAGGCUAGCAAAAUCUGUACCCAUUCAUUGGACAUCUCUUGAAUUCAGCAGGGAAGUUGCUAUAACCCAAAGGGUUAAUGUGUCUUCUGUUUCUGCAAGUCAACGACCAUCAUACCCAUCCUCCAAACCACAAAGGGUAGAUUGGGAUAAAAUUGAAGCUCAAGUAAAGAAGGAGGAGAAAGAUGAAAAGCUAGAUGGUGAUGCGGCUUUGAACAAAUUUUUCCGGGACAUUUAUAAGGAUGCGGAUGAAGACACAAGAAGGGCCAUGCAAAAAUCUUUUGUGGAGUCUAAUGGGACAGUGCUAUCAACAAAUUGGAAAGAAGUUGGUGCAAAGAAGGUGGAAGGAAGUCCUCCUGAUGGUAUGGAAAUGAAGAAGUGGGAGUACUGAGGACGAUUGUAACUUGGACAGUAAUUUUUGGUAUGUGAAUGUCAUUUACUUUACUUCAAUCUAAUGAACGUGUUGCUUGAAUGUUGAAAAAGGAUUUCCUGUCGUUUAUAAGCUUUGUUUAGGGUUUGAUUGUGUAGUUUUUUGCUGCUAGUCUUUGUUGAGGCUAUUUUUCUUUAAAAUCUUGUCGUAAGCUGUGUUGGAUGAAGGUUAUGAAUAUAAUGAAAUGUUGGUGCAUUAGAUUUUA